AUGGCGGUGGGUGUGCACGUGCCGGCCUGCGUGGGCAGCAACUGCCCCCUAGAAGGGGCAGUUGGAAGCCUUCGUGGCAGCGACAGCAACGGCGAAAAGCAGUCAAUGAAAAGAAUCCGCGGAAGUCGACCCUGGCAGCAGCAGUGGGAAAACGAGCAUUCGCGAGCCGUUCUGUCGGAUAUCCAGCUGCAGCUCCGCUGUCUUCAAAGCCUGAGGUUCCUGCACCCGGAGGCACUUGCUGCUGCAGCACCAGCGUUGCUGCUGCAUCCCGUAUUGCUGCCUACUCAGCAGGAUCAGUCGCAGCAGAAGCGGCAGCUUGUGCAUGCUGCUUCGGGGGGGGAAAGGAGCGACACUUCUAGCAGCAGCAGCAGCAGCAGCCGCCCUUGCUGCGUCCUUUGCGGCUGCAACGCUGCAUGGGUGCCUGCAGUCUCCUCCGCUGCAAUCCCCCCGCUUUUUGCGUUCGCUGCAGUGUCUCUGCACCUGGAGCAGCAACCGCAGCAGCAGGGAAAAGAGCAGCAGCAGGCGGAGAAGGAGGAGCAGCACCACCAACAGACCAACCAACCUCCAUCGCAGAAGGGUUCAUCAAUGCAAAAAGCAGACGAAGAGCAGGUGUUGCUCAGAACGCCUGUGAUGCUUAUUGGAAGGGGGGCGUACGACACGUCCACUUUUCAGCCAGGGACUGCUGCGGAUCUUGCGGCGUUUGUCGCUGCUCGGCAGUCAUGCAGCAUCAAAGGCAGCAGCAAAGGCACUCUCUCUAUCGCAGCAGCAGACAGUGCAGGAGUCUCUGAUGCAGCUGCAGCAGCAACACUGCAACCUCACACGGCUACGGCUGCCGCAAACAGCGUCUCUAAGCUCGUGCUGGCGCGCAGUUGCCGCAAUAUUUCCCGCCUGCAUGCGGCAGUUUACUAUCAACCCGCACGUGGCUGCUGGGUGCUUACGAAUUUCUCUCGCCGUCCAAUUUUUGUGGCUGAUGCUUUCGCGAGUGGAGGUGAGCAGCGGCUGCUGCAGCAGCGCGAGGCUGCAAGCCCAGGUGAAGGCACACGCUUGGGGGGUUACUCCCUAGAGCUUGAGAAUCCUCGUUGCCUGCUGCCUUGGAGGCUGCGGAACGAGCAGUCGCAUGCUUACCAGCCGGAGUUCGAACUAGGCAACAGUGGACAAGGGGGUUCACUGCCGCGAGACAAAGCUACCGCCCUCGGCACGAACUGCAGUGCAGCCGGCUGUUGCUACAAAAGCAGCAGCUGUGUGCUCGGACCUCGAGCAGUUCUGCAGCUCUCAAAAAGCGUACAGCUAAUAUGGCGGCUGCCAAUCCCCAUUGCCACUCAAUCAGCAGUCGCCCUAAAAGGCUACGUUAGUGGAUUAGCAAGCGGCAAAUAUCGGCAGAAGCAGCAACGAAAAGGGCAGCAGUAUGAAUUGCAGCUGCGGCAACAGCAGCUGCAGCAAGCCUUAGAGCUGGACGGCAUGAACCGAGAGCUGCGACAGCAUCUGGAGCGCCGCAAGCAAGAGCAGGCAGAAGCACCGCAUCAAGGGUCGAAAAAGAAACUGCAAAGGAAGAGGCAGUAGGAGCAAGAGCAGCAACAGCGGUUGCAGCAGCACCAACAAGACGCGCAGCCGGUGUUUAUACGAAGGAUGGUAGAAGAUCAGCAACAGCUGUAG